GCGUCUUGGUGUCUUUCCCGCCAUGUCGUUCACCGAGAGCGCGAAGCGCUCCUCUUUGCAGCGCCGACGCCGCGGCACCCCUGUCCCUUUCGCUCGGCCGGUGUUACCAGCCUUUACUCAAGGGGACAGUUGGGGUGAAGGUGAAGUCGGCGAGGAGGAGGGAUACGACCAAAUAGCCCGCGACCUGCGGGCAGAGUUUUCUGCUGGGGCGUCGUCGGAGCCUCGAAAGGGCUCGCUGCUGCCGCCGGAGAGGGACGGGUCUCCAGUCCUGCUUGAUAAACGCAACGGCAUCUUCUCGACGGAUGUGCGCCAAACCCAGGCUCGGCGGUGGCCGGUCCAGGUCCUCUCCAUUCUCUGUUCGCUGCUCUUCGCGGUCCUCCUCGCUCUCCUUCUCGCCAUCGCCUACCUGAUCGUAAAAGAGUUACAUGCUGAGAAUUUGAAGAAUGAAGAUGAUGUAGACACUGGAUUAUUAGGAUUCUGGACUCUACUUAUAAUGUCCCUAACUGCUGGGUUCUCCUGCUGCAGCUUUUCUUGGACAGUGACUUAUUUUGAUUCUUUCGAACCAGGAAUGUUUCCUCCUACUCCUCUUUCACCUGCAAGGUUCAAGAAACUUACUGGACAUUCUUUCCACAUGGGCUAUAGCAUGGCGAUUUUGAACGGCAUUGUAGCUGCUGUUACUGUUGCAUGGUGCCUCAUGUAAACCUACGCUGAAGCAAUAUUCUUGGCAAAACUUAGUCAUGAUUGCUUUGUAAUACCAGGGAAGAACAUCGUUGCCUACUCAGAAGACCAAGAAACCUGCUGUUUAUUAUGUAAUUCAGAUGCCUGUCAUACCAUCUUUGUGGAGGACCUUCUUAAGCGUUGUUCCAGAACCUAAGCAUUGGGAUAUCUGAGCAUUAAAUUUCAAGUAAUUUCUUAAAAUUGUAGGAUGUUUACCUCAUCUUUUUACUUUUGUGUGUAGAAACAUUUUAAUGGAAAUCAAACUGGAAAACUUGAAUACAGUAUAUACCUUUCCAUGUAUAUACUACAUUCUUCCUAAGAAGUACUGAUAUUACUGUUUGAGAUAGAAAUAUAUCUUAAUUAUCUAUUAUAUCAGGAAAGCAAACAGUGCCCACUACUUUGACAUUUUAAAGAAACUACUUUUAGUCAGAAUAUUUAGUUUUUAGCAUUCAUAUAAUGAGUAGAAGGUGCAUUUAUCUUUUUUAAUGGUGAAUAGUUUCUUGUGGGUUUUUUUGUUCUGUUUUUUUUACAUAUUUCCUACUGUGUAUUGUAUUUGUAUGUUUUAAAAGUUGUUACAUCUAGACAAAUGUAAAUGUUAUUCUUUAGCUGGUACAAAUCUGAUACCUACCAUUUUUAAUAACUAUUUUGUCUUUAAGCAAAAAUGCAUAUUGACCUUAGUUUAAAAUUAAGUAAACUUAUUUUUAACAACAAAAAAGUCUGAGAAAAGGUAACUUAUAUAAGCCAUUAAAAUACUGAGAAAUUUGAAGCUAUUCACUAUUUCUGUUUCCCUAAUUUCAAAUAUUUAUCCUGGUGUAUAUAUGGUUACUUCAACAGAACUGAUUUAUUUUGUUUUUAAUAAAUAUUAA